AUGAUGCAGGCUCGCUACUCCGUCUCGGACCCCAACGCUUUGGGAGUGGUGCCGUAUUUAAGCGAGCAGAACUACUACCGGACGGCGGGGACGUACGGCGGCAUGGGCAACCCCAUGAGCGUCUAUUCGGGCCACGCUGAGCAGUAUGCGGCGGGCAUGGGGCGCUCCUACGGACCCUACCACCCCCACCAACCCGCAGCCCCCAAGGACCUGGUGAAACCACCUUACAGCUACAUCGCCCUCAUCACCAUGGCCAUCCAGAAUGCCCCCGACAAGAAGAUCACGCUCAAUGGGAUUUACCAGUUCAUCAUGGACCGCUUCCCUUUCUACCGAGAGAACAAGCAGGGCUGGCAGAACAGCAUCCGCCACAACCUCUCCCUCAACGAGUGCUUUGUCAAGGUGCCCCGUGACGACAAGAAGCCGGGCAAGGGCAGCUACUGGACCCUGGACCCCGACUCCUACAACAUGUUCGAGAACGGCAGCUUCUUACGCCGUCGGAGACGCUUCAAGAAGAAGGAUGUCUCCAAGGAGAAAGAGGAGGCCCGGGAACGGCUGCUGAAGGAGCAGCCCAAACCCUCCGGGCUGCCCGGCACCGACCUCUCCAAGGAAGCCUCAUCCUCCUCUUCCUCCUCCGCCUCGGCUCCGGCCUCCGAGAAGAAAGUGGUGAUCAAGAGCGAGACGGCAUCUCCCGAGCUCCCGGUGAUCACCAAGGUGGAGACGUUGAGCCCUGCCAGCGGCGGGGCUUUGCGGGACAGUCCCCGCAGCACCGCCUCCCCUCCCGCCGCCGCCGCCUCCCCGGAGGCUUCGCUUCCCGAGCAUCACCCCGCCGGGAACGGACUCCCAGGUUUCAGCGUGGAGAGCAUCAUGACCCUGCGGACUUCUCCCGCGGGGGAUCUCAGCCCGGUGAGUGCCGCCUCGGGCAGGACGGGUGCCGGUAUGGCACUGGGCUACCCAGCGGGGCAGCCGUCGGGCUACAGCGCGGCGUGUAGCCAGGCCCUGGACACUAGUGGGAGCUACCACUGCAGUAUGAGGGCCAUGAGCCUCUACAGCGGCGAGAGGCCGGGCCACAUGUGCGUGCCCCCCGCAGCGCUGGAGGAAGGGCUGGCCGAGCAUCCCACCGGUGCCCCAUCGCCCCUCGGUACUCUCAGCCUUCCGUCGGGGCAGGAGGGUACGUUGGGUACCGGGCAUCCCCACGGCGGAGGGGCUGCGGCGGCUGCUGGGGGGCAACCCACCGCCUCUUGGUACCUCAACCACGGGGCUGAGUUGAGCCACCUGUCCGGGCACAGUUUUGGGUCUCAACAGCAGACUUUUCCCAACGUUCGGGAAAUGUUCACCUCGCACCGACUGGGGAUGGAGAGUUCCUCGCUCAGCGAUCACCAGGUGAGCAGCAACUCCGCCUGUCAGAUCCCCUACAGAUCUGCGCCCUCCCUAUACCGUCAUGCCACCCCCUACUCCUACGACUGCACUAAGUAUUGA